AAUUUAAGUCCCCCAAAAUACAGUCGUAACCAGAACAAUGAAGGAACAGCUACCCAAACCGUAAUGGACCUGUUUGAAAAUAAUGAACCCCGAAGCUAUUUUAAAUCGGAGCUAAACUCUGGGGCUUCGGCUAGACGGUUGCCCUGGGCCCGCUUCUCAUCCUGGCUCGAGUGUGUCUGCGUUGUCACCUUCGACCUGGAGCUCGGGCAGGCCAUUGAGCUCGUGUAUCCACAUGACGUUAAACUGACAGAAAAAGAGAAAACAAGCAUAUGCUACUUGUCUUUUCCAGAUUCAUAUUCAGGUUGUCUCGGAGAUACCCAGUUCAGUUUCCGGAUCUGUCAGUCUGUGGGACGGAAGACAUUAUGGUUUCGUGAGGAGAAUGCAUAUACCAGGGAGGCACCAGUGGCGCUGAAGAGGGAUACAUCACAUUUCUAUGGAUAUGUCUACUUCAGGCAAGUUAAGGACGUUUCUGUGAAGAGAGGAUAUUUUCAAAAGUCUCUUGUGCUGAUUUCCAGACUCCCCUAUGUGAAUCUUUUCCAAUCCCUGUUGCAGCUCAUUGCACCUGAAUACUUUGAGAAGCUAGAGCCUUGUCUGGAGGCAGUGUGCAGUGAGAUUGAUCUAUGGCCUGCUCCAAUCCCUGGACAAACUCUGAACCUGCCAGUGAUGGGGGUGGUUAUACAGAUGAGAAUUCCCUCAAAGAAUGACAAACCAGGAGCCAGUCCUCUUAAGCAAUACUGUCAGGAGAAUUUGUUGCCAGCACCUAUGAUUCUGUCUACGGUCCAUGAACUGGAUCUGUUCAAAUGUUUCCAGCCGAUCCUGAUUCAUAUUCAGAUGCUGUGGGAGCUGAUGUUACUGGGAGAGCCAGUUGUUGUCAUGGCGCCAUCUCCUGCCGUUUCCUCCGAAACUAUUCUCGCGCUCACCAGUUCUAUUUCCCCAUUAAAAUACUGCUGUGACUAUCGCCCCUACUUUACAAUUCACGACAGUGAAUUUAAAGAGUACACAACCAGGACACAAGCACCGCCCAAUGUUAUCUUGGGGGUAACAAACCCUUUCUUGAUCAAAACCUUCCAAUACUGGCCCCAUAUCAUCCGCAUAGGAGAGCUGAAAAUGUCUGGUGACUUGCCUAAACAACUAAAAGUGAAGAAACUUGCAAAGCUGAAGACACUAGAUACAAAACCUGGGGUCUACACAGCUUAUAAAACAUUUCUUCACAAGGACAAGACACUUAUCAAAAGACUUUUAAAGGGGAUUCAAAGGAAGCGACCAUCGGAGGUACAGAGCGCCAUCUUGAGGAGACACUUACUGGAGCUCACUCAGAGUUUCAUAAUACCUUUGGAACGUUACCUGGUGAGUCUAAUGCCACUGCAAAGAGCUGUAACUCCAUGGAAGAACCCCCCUCAAAUCAGACCCUUCAGUCAGGAGGAGUUUAUGAGGACACUUGAACAUUCAGGACCUCAACUUACCUCUGUUCUCAAAGGGGACUGGAUUGGGCUUUACAGCCGAUUUUUCAGGUCACCAAACUUUGACGGCUGGUAUCGCCAGCGGCACCAUGAAAUGACCCAGAAACUGGAGUGCCUUCACUUAGAGAUUAUCUGCGAGGCUGACCUGUUGGCAUGGAUUAAAGAUAAAUCUGAAGUUGAGAUUGUGGAUUUAGUACUGAAACUACGAGAGAAGCUGAUUAAAGCGCAUCACCAACAGCUCCCUGUCAGAGAGGAGGUGCUCAAGAAACUAGAGUUAUACAUUGAGACCAUCAUCAGCUCCCUACCUGAAGACUUGCAGGUUGUUCUUCAUCGCCACUGACAAAAUGUCACAAGAAAUUGUAUCUCCUUUGUUUGCAUAAGUGUAAAAAUAAAUGCCCUGUUCUAAAAGGGUCCCAUCCCCCCUC